CCAGCACCACGACUGCGACCCAGCGAGUGCUGUGGCGGCCGCCGGGGUGGUUUGAAAAAAUGGCCAAAAGAAUUGCCCAGAAGGAACUGACAGACAGGAACUGGGAUCAAGAAGAUGAAGCUGAAGAGGUGGGAACAUUCUCAGUGGCCAGUGAGGAAGUCUUGAAGAAUAGAGACAUAAAGAAAGAAAAGCGUAAACAUGUUGGAUUGGAAUCUGAUAGUGGAGGAGCCUUUAAAGCUUCGGUUGUAGCUUCUGGAGGAGGAGGGUUUUCUGGAUUUGGUAGUGGUGCUGGAGAGAAGCCUCAGGAAGGAAUGUCAAAUGGAAAUAGCGUAACUAGCAGCCCUCCCUUCACCAGAGCAGGGGUGGCAACAGAGACCAAGGCAGCCUCUGGUUGUGUUGCUGCAGACGGCUCUACCACCUUGGUUGAUAAAACUAUUUCAAAUGCCAAAACUAACAGCCACAGUCAGCAGCCUUCCUCCUCUGGCCUUGCUUCUAGUGAAGCCUAUGCCAACAAUCCUUGGAACAAGCAGUUGACUGUCUUGAACUGCUGUGUUCGGGAUUGGAUAGAGAAGCAUGUGAAUGCAAGCCCACUCUGUGAUCUAACACCUGUCUUUAAAUACUAUGAGAAAUAUUUAGAGAGUAUUAUAGAGCACCACAGAAACUAUGUCAGUUGUAAUUAUCCAAGUGAAACAAACAAGAUGGUGGUUGAAAAGCAGUCGUCUCCGCUAUCUGGUUCAACAAGAUUACAGGAAGAGUCAGCAUAUUUGUUUCAUGGCAACAAAACUGAAGAUACAUCUGAAAAGAAGACAGAGGUUGUGUCUGAAAAGAAAAUGGACCCAUCACUAGGAGCAAAAAGUGCCUCAUUUAAUUUUGGCAAGAAAACCGACAGCUCUGAUUUGGGCUCAUUAAGCUCUGGCCCUCUGGCUGGAUUUUCAUUUUCCUCUGGAAACUCCAGUUUAUUUGGCAAAGGUAUUGCCCAGAAUAAACCAGUUUCUCUGCCAUUUUCCACUAAAAUAUUGGAGAGCCAAGCGGAGGGUGGCAGUAAUGAAUGCAAAGGUGGAGAUGAAGAAGGGAAUUAUGAGCCACCCAAAGUAGUAGUUACUGAAGUAAAAGAAGAAGAUGCUUUUUACUCCAAAAACAAUGUAUUGAUUCCAUCUAAUAUGCCAUGUACCAGAACAAGGAAAAAUAACGUACUUAUUGUCUGUGUUCCAAAUCCACCAAUUGAUGAGAAGAAUGCCACUGUCCCAGUUACCAUGUUAAUUUGGGUAAAAACUAGCGAGGAUGCAGAUGAGUUGCACAAAAUUUUACUGGAGGAAAAGGAUGCCUGAACACAUGAAGUCAACUGAGGAAUUAUUGCCAAGUUGCUGCUUCCCCCACCGC